AUGUUAUGUCAAAUAUGUAAUGAUCAAGAAAGUAAAUAUAAGUGUCCAAAGUGUAAAAUUGUUUAUUGUUCAAUUAAAUGUUAUAAAUCAGAAUUACAUAAACAUGAAGAGGUUGAAGAACAGAACAUAAGAGAAAAACCACCGUUAGAAAAUUUAGAAGAAAAACCACAAGAAUCAUUAGAAGAAACAAAAUUUGAUAAAAUACUAAAAGAUCAACAAAUUCAAUAUUUACUAAAACAACCAUCACUACAGUUCCAUCUCCUAUCAAUUUUAACUAUAAUCAAAGACGGGUUCAUUAACAAUCUUAAUUAUGAUCAAAAGUUAGAAGUCAUGAAUAUAAAAUUGAAUGACUUGAGGACAGGUGGAGUAGAAGAAAAUGAAUUAGUUGAAGAAUUUGUACAAAGAGUAUUGGAACUAAAUGAAUCACUAUGA